CCGUAUAAUACAGCUGUUUUUCUAUUUCGCGUUAUACAUUCUUGAGGUUCCGAAAUUAUUACACAAGUAAAUUUCCACCAUGUGUUAAGAGCAAGGCGAAUUUUGGACGUGUAUACCUUCCUGAUCAAGGCCCAUCUUUUAUUUUUCCCUGAAUUUAGUUGUUGCAGCUGUUGUAGGGUGGUGAAUCUUGACUCAGAGUUUUAAGAAAAGGGUUCAUGGAGAGCCAAGAGGAUGAAGUGAAGAAGGAGCGAGUGGUGGAAGCGAGAGCCAGAAAUAUAAGCCACAAUGUGAGGUGCACUGAGUGUGGUAGUCAGUCCAUUGAAGACUCACAAGCUGACGUUGCAAUACUCCUUCGCAAGUUAAUUCGAGAUGAAAUUCGAUCUGGUAAAAGUGACAAAGAGAUCUACAAAAAGCUGGAGGAUGAUUUCGGAGAGACAGUGCUUUAUGCACCAAAAUUUGAUAUGCAGACUGCUGCUCUGUGGCUGUCGCCGCUGUUGGUUGCUGGUGCUGCUGGAGGAAUAUGGGCUUACAAGAGGUACAGACAAAAGACUAAUGUGCACAUUAUGGCCUUAAACCUUGUUAGAGGAGUCCCAUUAACUCGAAAGGAGAAGGAGACUAUGCUAGAGGUUCUCACUCCACCCCCCUCUGGAGGAAUUUCUUCUUUCUGGUGGAGAAGGUUUUCUCAGUGAGUUGAGUUUGCAAAUGAGAAGUUUUAGUGAGAGUGGCAGCCAGUUGAAGGCUUGUUUUAGCAGCCUGAACCAAGUCUUGACAAAACUUGUAUUAUAAAUUUUACAAUGUACUGAACUGAGUUCUUUAUUAUGCUGUUUUUUGCUGCUUAAGGCAGUGAGUGAUGAUAUAAAGAGAUAUGCUUGUUUCUAA